GAGUUCCUUCUGGCCCGUUGCUCGAACCGCCACAAAAUAAUCUGCCCUUUCCCAUUUCCAAUCUCAUUAAACCCUAAACCUGAUCCACUCCCUUCCCCACUUCAAACCCUAGCCGGAGUCUUAAUUUCUAUCCCCGCGCGAAUCCCCAAAUGGACGAUAGUCUCUACGACGAGUUCGGCAACUACAUCGGCCCGGAGAUCGAGUCCGACCGCGACUCCGACGAUGCCGGUGACUCCGGCGACGAGUCUCCCGCGGGCUCCGCCCGCUCCGACGACGAGGCCGCCGCCUCACCGAGCCCCUCCGCCAACGGCUGGAUCACCGCCUCCGGCGCCGGCGCCGGCGCCGACGACAUGGACACCGACCCUGCCGCCUCCCAGAUCGUCCUCGCCGAGGACAAGAAGUACUACCCCACCGCCGAAGAGGUCUACGGCGAGGGCGUGGAGACCCUCGUGAUGGACGAGGAUGAGCAGCCCCUCGAGCAGCCCAUCAUCAAGCCCGUCCGCACCGUCAAGUUCGAGGUCGGCGUGAGGGACUCCUCCACCUACGUCUCCACCGAGUUCCUCCUCGGCCUCGCCUCCAACCCUUCGCUCGUCCGCAACGUCGCUCUCGUCGGCCACCUCCACCACGGCAAGACGGUGUUCGUGGACAUGCUGGUGGAGCAGACCCACGAGAUCUCGACCUUCGAUCUUGACAGCGAGCGGCACAUACGGUACACAGACACGAGGAUCGAUGAGCAGGAGCGCCGGAUCUCCAUCAAGGCCGUGCCCAUGUCCCUUGUGCUCGAGGACAGCAACGCCAAGUCCUACCUCUGCAACAUAAUGGACACUCCCGGCCAUGUCAACUUCUCUGAUGAGAUGACUGCUGCUCUCCGCCUUGCUGAUGGGGCUGUGCUGGUUGUCGAUGCUGCCGAAGGUGUUAUGGUAAAUACUGAGAGGGCUAUACGCCAUGCAAUACAAGAAAGACUUCCCAUUGUAGUUGUGAUAAACAAGGUCGAUAGACUGAUUACAGAGCUUAAGCUGCCACCAACUGAUGCUUAUUUCAAACUGCGACACACUUUGGAAGUUAUCAAUGACCUUAUCUCUUCUUACUCCACUAGUGUAGGAGGCACCCAAGUGAUUGAUCCUGUUGCUGGGAAUGUCUGUUUUGCAAGUGCAACUGCUGGGUGGUCAUUCACCUUGCAGUCAUUUGCUAAGCUUUACGUAAAACUCCAUGGCAUUCCUUUUGACUAUUUAAAGUUUGCAGCCCGUCUAUGGGGAGACCUGUAUUAUCAUCCUGAUGAAAGGGUCUUCAGGAAGAAACCCCCAAUGGGUGGAGGAGAAAGAUCAUUUGUCCAGUUUAUUCUCGAACCUUUAUACAAAAUCUACAGCCAAGUAAUUGGAGAGCAUAAGAAGAGUGUGGAGACAACUCUUGCGGAACUUGGUGUAACCCUAAGCAAUGCCGCUUAUAAGUUGAAUGUUAGGCCUUUAUUGAGGUUGGCUUGUAGUUCUGUCUUUGGAUCUGCGACAGGAUUUACUGACAUGCUUGUCCAGCACAUCCCCUCCGCCAAGGAUGCUGCAGCAAAGAAGAUAGAGCACAUAUAUACAGGACCUCAAGACUCAUAUAUUACUGAGGCUAUGAAAAACUGUGAUCCUUAUGGCCCCCUUAUGGUUAAUGUUACAAAACUCUAUCCCAAGUCUGACUGUAGUGUCUUUGAUGCUUUUGGCCGAGUCUACAGUGGCACCAUACAGACUGGUCAGACCUUACGUGUACUGGGGGAAGGCUAUUCACCUGAUGACGAAGAAGACAUGACAGUCAAAGAGGUUACCAAACUGUGGGUUUACCAGGCUCGAUACCGUAUUCCCAUCAGUAAAGCGCCUGCUGGUUCUUGGGUUCUAAUUGAAGGUGUAGAUGCCUCCAUCAUGAAGACUGCAACAUUAUGUCCUUUGGAUAUGGAUGAAGAUGUUUACAUAUUUAGGCCUCUUCGCUUCAAUACACUGCCAGUUGUAAAAACUGCAACCGAACCAUUGAAUCCAAGCGAGCUACCAAAGAUGGUGGAGGGCCUUAGAAAAAUCAGCAAGAGUUAUCCUUUAGCUAUCACCAAAGUAGAGGAGUCAGGUGAACAUACUAUACUAGGAACAGGUGAGAUAUAUCUUGAUUCCAUCAUGAAGGAUCUCAGGGAACUUUACUCUGAAGUUGAAGUCAAGGUGGCAGAUCCAGUUGUGACUUUUUGCGAAACGGUGGUUGAGACUUCCUCGAUGAAAUGUUUUGCUGAAACUCCCAACAAAAGAAACAAAAUUACUAUGAUUGCAGAGCCACUAGAGAGGGGUUUGGCAGAAGAUAUUGAGAAUGGUGUUGUGAGCAUUGACUCGAAACAAAAGGAUAUCAGUGAUUUCUUUCAGAAACGUUAUGAUUGGGAUUUGCUUUCAGCAAGGAGCAUAUGGGCAUUUGGGCCAGACAAGCAGGGCCCCAACAUUCUACUAGAUGAUACUCUCCCAAGUGAAGUUGAUAAGAACUUGCUGAGUGCUGUCAAGGACUCCAUUGUUCAAGGAUUUCAGUGGGGUGCCCGGGAAGGUCCUCUUUGUGAUGAACCUAUCCGGAAUGUCAAAUUCAAAAUUCUAAAUGCAUCUAUUGCCGCUGAGCCCUUGCAUCGAGGAGGUGGUCAGAUUAUUCCCACCGCUCGGCGUGUGGUGUAUUCAUCUUUCCUCAUGGCGAACCCGAGGCUUAUGGAGCCUGUUUACUAUGUAGAGAUCCAUACACCAAUCGAUUGUGUCUCUGCAAUUUAUACGGUGUUGUCACGCAGACGUGGACAUGUAACAGCAGAUGUCCCUAAGCCUGGCACCCCCGUAUAUGUUGUGAAGGCAUAUUUACCGGUGAUAGAAUCAUUUGGCUUUGAGACGGACUUGAGGUACCAUACUCAGGGGCAAGCAUUUUGCCUCUCUGUGUUUGAUCACUGGGCCAUAGUUCCCGGUGACCCACUUGAUAAGAGCAUAGUCCUCCGGCCUCUAGAACCAGCACCAAUUCAGCACCUUGCACGGGAGUUCAUGGUGAAAACAAGGCGCCGGAAGGGAAUGAGUGAGGACGUGAGCAUCAACAAGUUCUUUGAUGAGGCUAUGAUGGUUGAGCUUGCUCAGCAGGCUGCGGAUCUUCAUUUGCAGAUGAUGUAAUUUGUUUUGUAUCAAAACGGUAGUCUUUUUACCUUUCUAGUUUCAGAUUUUGUGGAUAGCCGGUCAUUUCUUCUACAUGCAGCGUCUUAUGCAGUACUUUUCACUACACAAAAUGAACUAGGGUGGAGACUUAAGCCCUCUUGUUUUAUUGCACUUGUCAUUGUAGCGAUGAUCUUUUAUCAUCUAAUGGUACAACUUUCAAAGAUAUUAGUAUCAUACUGGAGUGUUGUUUGGGACCAA